UUUUGCGGGUAAAAUCGUAUGGAUAAGUUCAAUUUCUGUGUAUUUUUCUAAUGUAAAUGAUAUGUUAGUGAUUUAUUUUAUCUAAAAUGAACGAUCUGCAGAACAUUAUUGAUCGUCAGCUGGGAAUAUAUUCCCGGUUUAAUUACGAUAACAUAUUGAAGCGUUUUGUAGUGCAUAGCGAUGAGUCGUAUUAUGGAUUACAAAAUGCUGCUUUACCAGCCACCUUUGACCAGGAUCCCCCAAUAUUUGCGUGUCGUUUUUCGGAAGCUUCUGGCUACGAACAUAUCCUUGCUCUUGCUAAUGAAGACGGCCGGGUAGCCAUACAGGACACAUCAACAAUGGCUAAAGCCAACUCUGUAGAGAGCUUCCAGUGUCACAACAAUGCAGUGUUUGAUCUAGCUUGGAUGCCAAAACACAUGAACUUUGUGACUGUUUCAGGCGACCACACAGCAUGUCUCUGGGACGUCUCCGAAGGGAAUCCCCGACGCGUAGCCGUGUUCUCUCACCACACGCGUUCAGUGAAAACCGCGGUAUUCCGGCGUUCUGCCCCCGCCGUGUUCGCGAGUGGGGCAAGGGACGGCCACGUGCUCGUGUGGGACGUACGCUCUGCCCCAAACCCCGCGCAAACACUCAAACCGGACAACUGCCUCAUGAACUGUCACGCUAGUUUCACCCCCAAAACACCCGGAUCACACUCUAAACGGCCCAGAUUAGACACCCACCGCGCUAUUAGUAUCACCGGACUAGUUUUCCAAGAUGAUUUAACUCUUAUUUCCUGUGGCGAGUGCGAUGGAAACAUCAAAGUUUGGGAUUUACGUAAAAAUUACAAUAUUUAUAAACGCGAACCUCUACCUAAGCAUUCCAUUCCAUACUGCGGGAGCUCCACAAAGAACGGCUACACGAACUUGAUAAUAGAUGACGCUGGGACCCGGCUCUACGCGAGUUGCAUGGAUAACGUCAUCUACUGCUUUAACAUAUCAACCUACAACUCGCUUCCCGAACAGAGAUACAUUGGCCACGAAAAUAGCACUUUUUACAUAAAGACUUGCCUCAGCCCAGAUAGCAUGUACUUAGUGAGUGGAAGUAGUGACAAAAACGCGUAUAUUUGGAACGUAAAAUAUUCUGAACCGAUAGUGAAAUUAGUCGGACACUGGGCAGAAGUAACUUGCGCGUCUUGGUGUCAGAAAGGAGAUAUGAAGAUUGUCACAUGCAGCGAUGACGCGAGACAUAAAAUAUGGAGGAUCGGCCGGGAAGUGCCCGAAACUGACAUAGAAUAUAAGGGCAAAGCGGAGAUAGUCCCGCGUACAGAUGUCUCUCACCCCCCGCAGUGGGGAGCAUUAGAUAAAACACCCAAUUCAUUAAAACGCAAGUCGAUCACUACACCUGGGUCGUACAGCGCUAAACGAGUACGCGCACAAGAAAAUAACUCGGGCAGAAAAACGAAACGUUGCCUUGCAGAUCUGAUGAAUGCUUCGAAAGAGGACGAAUGUGAAAUAGCGGCGAAGAGAUUAAAACCAGAAAUGCCGACGAUACUAGAAGAUCAGGAACCAAUACUUCUGCCGGCCGGCACAAAACGACACAGAGACUCCACAGAAAGUGGCUCUUGCAAGAGAAGAUGUUUAGAACCAGACCCUUUGCCCAGUGUCUCAAGUGACUGGGGAUAUAUUGGCAAAGCGGGAUCUUCUUUCCUAACCCCAACGAAGAAUUACGAAAAGAAAUCAUGCAAAUUACUGUCACCCAAGAGUCCCAAACCGAUUUCGCCAAACUCAGUCCCGCACAGAUCUCCCGUUAAAGUGUCUCCCGGGAAAGUUAGAAUAAUUUCUUUCACAACUCCUACAAAAAACUUGCCAAAUUAUGUGCUAGAUGGGGAAGCGCCACAUUUGCGAUUAAUGUCACCGGUAAAAAAGAAACAAGAUACAACAAAUUGGUUAACACGUAUGGUGAGGGAGAGGAAAGGAAAAGUAGAAGUGGAUAAGAGUCCAGUAGUGCCUCAACCCGCCAGCCCUAAAGAAAUUCCCGCCAGAAGAAAUUCCGCCACGGAAAAAACUCCGAAGCCAAACAAAAAUAGAACUUUACUCAAAUAUUUUAGUGUUUCAAAUAAGAAGAAUAUUAAUACGCCUGAAGAAUGAAUGAAUAAGUGGAAAUCAUUUUUCUAAAGUGAUUUUACCUUUUGGGAUACUUAUCAAUAUAUAAGUCAAAUCCCACCCCCUAGGUUUAUUAGGUAUUAUUAUUAAAAAUUGAGUCCUAUCGCAUUUAAAAUGUUAAUUGCGUGAUUGAUUAUGGUAUAACUUUGUUCUUGAUACACAAUGUGUUAAUGAAAAUAGGAAAAAUGUUAAACUUAUGAGACAAUGUAGAUUUAUAUUAUUUAAAAUUAUUAGAAAUAUUUAAUCGUGUCGUAGUGCUCGUUGAAUGUCACUUUUAACGCAAGCGUCUUAACCCACCAUUAUUAUUUACACUAUGACUGCUUAUGCUAUAAACCUAAUGGUAAAAAAAGGAACGUGGGUCUUAAUUUAACAUUUAUUUAUUAACACAUAGUGUAUGAUCAGAUAUCUGUGUUUGGUGCAUGUGUAAUCAAUAAUUUCUACUGCACUAUUUUUAUUUUAUAACUAUGAUAAUAAUUUUGUAAACGAUCCUAGCAUCUAGUAUGAUGUCUUAUUAUCUUAUACUAUAGACAUAUAAUGAAUUAUUAUUAAAUAUUCCAUUCUCUACAAUCUACAUGAUCCAUUCUUAUCAAAUAAUAAAUUUUAUUAAUAUAUAA